GAAAGAUUAAAUUCGUCUCCUUAGAUUUAAAAAGGGUAUAUUUAAGAACAAUAAGAACAAAUAAGUAAUUAAAAUUAAUCAGAGGUCGAUUUGAAAUGAAUAAUAAGGCAAUAUUCAGUAUAUAUUUAAAAAGCAAUGAUUGAAAAUAGUAUUAUUACAGAAGGAAAGGAGAUAAUUCAUAAUAAUGAAAAUAGAAACUUAGAUGGAGAUAUAUUUGAAAAAGUCUACUAAUAAGAGGACAUAAAAGAGCAAUUAUCUAUUGAUGAAAUUUAAAUGUAAAUGUAUAAAAGAAAGAAGAGGAAAAACAAAAAAAAGAUUAGGGAGGAGAAGGAAUAUAAGGGAUAAUUAAAAAAUGAAAGAAAAAUGAAUAAGAAAUAUAUGAAUAAGGAGAAUAAAAAUAAAUAGCAUCAAGAAAUUUAAAAAUAAGCAUUUUAAAGGAAAUAAACUUCAAUGAAUUUAAAAAUCACUAGAUUAAAAUUAAACUAAUAAUAAUAUAGUUCUCAAUUAUAAAAUUCUUUUGGGAAGAUUAUAAUCUUAAAUAACUUUUUAAGUUUAAAAAAUUAUUUAGAAUUCUAUAAAUAUAGAUGA